CAAAUGUAUAUAUAAAUAUAUGUAUGUGAGCGGCAGGCAAUUCGUAGCAGCCCUCUCCUCGUCAUCUCCUCGUCAUCUCCUCUUUGUGUUCACCUUGUCCAAGAAUCUGCUUGCCACUGUCACAAGCGCACCAAUCAUGGCAGACUUCGCGCAAGUCAAAAAAGAGUACGACAACCAAGCCACAAUCUACAACGACUAUGACUACAUCCCCCACGGCAUCCUCGAAUCCCAACUCCUCGCCUCUGCCCUUGGGGACUGCACCGGCCUCUACGUCCUAGAUCUAGGCGGCGGCACCGGCCUCCGAGCCCGCCAAGCGCUCGACGCUGGCGCCGCCACCAUAGACGUCGUCGACAUCUCCCCCGAAAUGCUGCGCAUUGGCAAAUCCAUUGAGGCCUCCCUCAACGGGCUCGACCGCGUCCGCUGGCUUGAGGCCGACGUCUCGAAACCGCUGGACCAUCUGCCCCUGCGGGAAUACGAUCUCGUCAUGGCGAACUGGGUCUUCGAUCACGCGUCAAGUGUUGCGGAGCUCGAGGGCAUGUGGCGCAAUGUGGUGUCGUACUUGCGCCCCGGGGGAAGGUUCGUGGGGGUGAGGUCGGGGGACCCGCAGGCGCCAGGGAUUACGAGUGGGAAGUAUGGGACCACGUAUAAAGACCAUGAGGAGAUUCCGGGAGGGUUAAAAUUCCGAUACGUGUUGUCAACUGAUCCUCCGAUUGAGUUUGAGGCGACGUCCAUGGAGGUUAGUUACUCUGGGUCGACAGAGAUGCAUCAGAGGUUUGGGUUGGUGGAUAUCGAGGUUGAGCCGUAUGAGAAUGCUGAGAUUAUUAGGAGGGAUCCGGAGUUUUGGGGUUUGUUUUUGGAGAUGCCAAGUAUGGUGGUGGUGAAGGCGAGGAAGAUAGCGGAGGGUUGAGUGCAGGGUAGUUACCUCUCAUGUGUGAUAUUUCUGUUGAUGGUAGGAUAAUUGCCGCUUCUGAUCUUCCAGAUCUAGUUACGAACAGUCAUUCUGCG